CGCCGCGCCCCGUCACUGGCCCGUUGCCUCGACAACGAUAGGGGAAACGGCUGGUGGGUGCAUCGCUUCCCGGGAGCGUCUUGCCGGCUGGGCCCGGCUUAGUUGGGGCGUACGGGAGCUCGGGCUGGGGCACUCUUCCGAAUCUCCGGGGUGCAGAGAAACAUGGCACUCCCCACGCUGCCUUCCUCCUGGUGCAGCCGAAGGCUCCUGGAUCAGCAGGCCGCACGACAGCGACACCGGGAGCAGGAGGCCCAGCUUCGGCAGCAGUGGGAUGAGAACAGUCGCUACUUCAAGCUGUCUGACAUCUGCAGCUCCAAACAGGCAGAAUGGAGCUCCAGGUCCUCCUACCAGCGGAGCAUGCACGCCUACCAGCGGGAGAAGAUGAAGGAGGAGGGGAGGAAGCGUCUGGAAGCCAGACGGCAGAGACUCAGACAGCUUCUGCUGGAGGAGCAGGACCUGCUAGUCAGAGAACUAGAGGAACUGAGGCUGAGCAUGAACUUGAGGGAAAGGAGAAUCCGGGAGCGGCACGGGAAUCUGAAGUCGGCCCAAGAAGAGCAAAGGAAACUGAUUGCUGAACAACUUCUGUAUGAACACUGGAAAAAGAACAACCCCCAACUUCGAGAGAUUGAACUGGACCUUCACAAGAAGCAUGUGAUAAACUCUUGGGAAAUGCAGAAAGAGGAAAAAAAACAGCAAGAAGCCGCUGAAGAGGAAAAGGAAAAACGAUAUGAAAAUGAAUACGAAAGGGCCCGACGGGAAGCGCUAGCACGGAUGAAGGUUGAAGAGGAAAGGAGGCAGCUGGAGGGUAAACUGCAGGCGGAGGCGCUGCGCCAGCAGAUGGAGGAGCUGAAGGUGAAGGAGAUGGAGGCCACCAAACUGAAGAAGGAGCAGGAGAAUCUGCUGAAGCAGCGCUGGGAACUGGAGAGGCUGGAGGAAGAGAGGAAGCAGAUGGCGGCCUUGCGGCAGAAGGCGGAGCUGGGACGCUUUCUGAGACAUCAAUAUAAUGUGCAACUCAACAGACGUACACAGCAGAUCCAAGAGGAACUGGAGGCGGACAAGCGCAUUCUGCAGGCGCUGCUGGAGGAGGAGGACGAGAACCAGCGCCUGCAUCUAGCGCGGAGGGAGCGCGCUUUGGCUGACGCUGCGUGGAUGAAGCGGGUCAUUGAGGAGCAGCUGCAGCUGGAGAAGGCACGGGAGGCUGAGCUGCAGAUGCUGUUGAGGGAAGAGGCCAAGGAGAUGUGGGAAAAGAGAGAGGCAGAAUGGGCCCGGGAGAGGAGCGCUCGAGACCGGCUGAUGAGCGAGGUUCUGACAGGGAGACAACAACAAAUACAGGAGAAGAUUGAACAAAACCGCCGGGCACAAGAGGAAUCCCUGAGGCACAGGGAGCAACUUAUUCGACAUCUUGAGGAAGCAAGAGAGUCAGCUCGUCGUGAGAAGGAGGAGAGCGAGGAACUGAAAUCAGCCAGGAAGCAGGAGCUAGAAGCCCAGGUUGCAGAGCGCCAGCUGCAGGUAUUGGAAGCGGACCAGCAGGAGGAAGAGGAGGAAGAGACGGCAAGGCAGGCAGAGCAGCUCACAGAUGCCCUGCUGCAGCAGGAGGCGAAGAUGAUGGCCCAGCAGGGCUACCGGCCCAAGCGUUAUGGACACCCCAGAAUUGCUUGGAACUGACAUCGCUGGUCCUGUGAGCACAGAGAACAAGGAUGGUGAGGCCUUUGAUGUGCAGCCGCCAGAGCGUUUUGCAAGUUGUCUGCAGAAUAUGUCAAUAGUUCUGUCAAAUAGUUCAGCGAGCCUGCUCAGGUCCACGAUUAAAUGAGCAAGGGUCUGGCCGGAUUAAGGUGUGAUGGAAAUGCAGCACCCAGCGGGAGGCCCCUUCCUGCCUUUCUUAUCCCAGAAAGGGGCUUUAUUUUUGUUUUUUUUUGUUUUGUUUUGUUUU